AUGUUUCGCAGUCAGUGUGCCGCAUCGAGGUUCGAGCAUUUAGAAACGGGUAGUCUAACGCUACCAUCAACGACACAGUGGGGUUCCACAGAACCGCUGAGUCGGAUUACCAAGGACGCUAGACUACGAGAAUCUCACCUGGCCCUUUCGGACUCAAAAAUUAAAUUGGUCGUGAAUAGCUAUGCAAUUAAAUUGGUUCAGAAUAGUUAUGCAAAUAAGAAAGCGGUUCAUGGUGAAGUCAAUAAUUUUCGAUGUAGAUGUGACAUUAUGCCACAGACGAGAUCGCACGGCAAAGUGCAUUUAACGGAGCAUCCCCCCGGUGGGGCUAGCGUCAGCGAGCAGAAAGGAAGCGUUUUCAAGCGACGUGUUUAUCAGGCGACAGCGACGGUCUCCAUGGCGUUCAUGGCUCGUCGCGGUGAAUUAAUGUUUCGAAUGCCGGGCGUUUGA